AUCUUCUCCCGCUCACUCUCGUCCAAACUUACUGACGAUUCGAUUACUUCUGGGUGGCUCAGAUUUGUCCUGUAGCUCAGUAAUCCAGCAUGAAGAUUACAGUGAAGACACUACAGCAGAAGGUGUUCCAGCUUGAUGCGGAGGGGUCAGAGACGGUGGGCGAUCUGAAGAAGAAGAUCAAUGACUUGCAAGGCCACCCGGUAGAGAACCAGAAAAUCAUUUACUCUGGCAAAGUUCUGCCAGAUGACAAGACGGUAGAGUCAUGUAAUAUCAAGGAGAAGGACUUCUUGGUUCUCAUGGUGUCUAAGCCCAAAGCCACACCCGCUGCUUCUUCAAGUACCGCCGCCGCACCUAGCACCCCUGCAGCUCCUGCACCAUCUACGCCUCAACCUGCUCCUGCCACACCAGCCGCCCCCGCUCCUGCUCCAGCUGCUGCUGCCCCGGCCGCAACCACACCAGCACCAGCAGCAACCCCCGCUCAAUUCGGUGAUAUGAGCUCUUUCCUGACCGGCAAUGCUCUGCAAUCAUCUAUCCAAAACAUGGUCGAAAUGGGAUUCCCUAGAGAUCAGGUGUUGAGGGCUAUGAGGGCGAGCUAUAAUAACCCAGAUCGGGCGGUCGAAUACCUCAUGACUGGUAUUCCCGAGCAUUUGCAGGCUGAGGCUGCAGGACCAGCGCCAGGAGCGGCACCCGCGGCACCUGCGCCCGGUUCGACACCUGCUGCUGCCCCGGCACCAGCUGCUCCCGCACCCCAGCCCGCUGCCCAACAACCUGCAGCACCCCAGAAUCUCUUCCAGCUCGCUCAACAGCAACAACAGCAAGGAGGCGCCGGUGUCGGUGCUGGUGCCCUUGGUGGUGCUCCCGGUGCAGGUGCCGGUGGAGGCGGAGGAAACUUCGACCUUUCCGCCUUACGCGAUAACCCACAGAUCGCGCAACUCCGGGAACUCGUCGCUCAGAACCCUGCGCUCAUUCAACCGUUGAUCCAGCAGUUGGCGGGGAGCAACCCUCAAUUGGCACAAUUGAUCGCCCAGAACCCGGAGGCGCUGUUUCAGUUGCUCGGGGGCGAAAAUGGUUUGGACUUUGAGGAUGAUGGGGAGGGAGGUGGAUUGCCUCCUGGUGCGCAGGUCAUCAAUAUCACGGAGGAGGAGAGGCAGGCGAUUGAGAGGCUCGAGGCGCUCGGCUUCCCUCGACAGGCCGUCAUCGAAGCCUACUUUGCUUGCGACAAGAACGAGGAGCUGGCGGCGAACUACCUCUUCGAGGGCGGAUUCGACGACUCAUAGACACCUCGCGCAUAUCAAGGAAUGCUGAAGGACAAUGAGGUGAAGGGAGAAGAGACUGCCGAGGAAGUUUGUCGAGCUAUAUCUCUUAUGCAUAGUACUGUAUUUUGUUGGACUCCAGACCAGACUCAAGGCCCGCGACUCGUGUUGUAACCGCGAUGACGAUGACGAAAUGAUUGACUUGUAUACAGUCUGUAGGCUUUUGUUUCUUGGAAUACGAGACUUGUGACACGC